CGGCGGCGCCGCCGCCGCCGCCCCCGGGACAGACGCGCCCGCGCCCGCGGCAAGAUGGGCGCCCUCGCCUUGGCUCUGGGGAUUUUCCACUACCUGGGGCUCUACCUGCAGCUCGGCACCGCCUCCCGGCACCCGCCGUGGGACGCCCCGGCGGCGGGCAGCGCGCUGUUCACGGAGACCCCGCACGACAUGACGGCGCAGGCGGGCGAGGACGUGGAGAUGGCCUGCUCCUUCCGAGGCAGCGGCUCCCCCUCCUACUCGCUUGAGAUACAGUGGUGGUACGUCCGCAACCACGAGGACUGGACGGACAAACAGACGUGGGCUUCCAACCAGCUAAAAGCAUCGCAGCAGGAGGAGGCUGGGAAGGACGCGACAAAAAUAAGCGUGGUGAAGGUGGUCGGCAGCAACAUCUCGCACAAGCUGCGGCUGUCGCGGGUGAAGCCCACGGACGAGGGGACGUACGAGUGCCGCGUGAUCGACUCCAGCGACGGCGAGGCGCGGCACCACAAGGUGAAGGCCUACCUGCGGGUGGAGGCGGCGGGGGCCGCCGGGCACCCCCAGGACACCCGGCCGCGGGGCGCCCCGCUCCCCGACCCCCCCCGGCCGGGCUCGGCCCGCGCGCCCCCCCACCGCCACCAGCACAAGGCCGGCAGGGAGCUGCGGAAGCGCUCGGCGGACGCGUCCUGCGCGCUGUAGCCGGGGGGAGGCCGGGCCCCGCCGCCCCCGCCGCCCCCGCCGCCCCGGACUCUGCGCCGCGCCGACGCGGACGCCUCGGGCCCCCCCGCGGCACCGCCGGGACUCGGGCGCCGGAGCGGGACCGUUUCCGCGGCGGGAGGGAGGGAGCGAGACCCCGCCGGGGCCGCUCAGCCCCCCCCCGGCCGGGCGCCCCGCUGCUUGGCCCCCCGCUAGCUUCCUUCCCCCCCCCCGCCCCGCCGCAAGCCCGGCCCGGCCCCCCCGACCCCCGCGCUU